ACAUACAGCUAGCUAGCUCGGCGUGUGUAAAAUGCACGUGCAUAAAGCAUCGUUCUAAUUUCAGCCUAGCUAGCUACACUGUACAUGUACGCGAGUACAUGUUGCAAUACAAUUUCUGCUGAAAGCUAGCGAUAGCUAGUCGUGCAAGAUCAGGGCAGACGAGUCGAGUCGAGUACGAGUGACCCGGAUCGACUGACUGACUGCACUGUACGGUCAAGUAGAAGAAAUACAUGUAUUUCCUGUCUACAUCUUGCAAUAUAUCGUAUUCAAAAGGACUGAACAGGAUUGGAUCAAGAUGAGCGUCGAAUCCGGAGAAGCUACAGCAGAACUGAAGGAGAACAUAAUUUUCAACUCAAAUACACCCAACAGUGGGACAGAAACCAACACUAUGAAGCGCCCUCUAGAAGACGACGAUGAACCCAUGAAAGACGGGGUGGACGAGGUGGAAGGGGAGGAAGAUGGUACUGGUAGUAGUGGAGAUGGAAAAGAGUCCCAGAAACCUAGACGAAAGAAAAGAAAGACUGUACCAGGACCACGUCUACCAAAGAAUGCCCUAAUGCAGCUCAAUGAGAUCAAACCUGGACUGGUCUUCAAGACUCAAUCACAGACAGGACCAGUCCAUGCUCCCACGUUUGUUGUCUCCGUGGAGGUCAAUGAUCAGCUCUUUGAAGGGACAGGUCGUAGCAAGAAAACCGCAAGGAUGCAUGCUGCAGAGCUAGCACUAAAGUCAUUCAUCCAGUUUCCCAAUGCAAGUGAUGCUUACCAAGCACUUGGGAGGUUUCAAUUCAAUGCAGAUUUCACAUCAGACCAACCAGAAGUCCAUGGUGGCUUCAACCCAUUUGAUGCUGACCAAGAGCGCCCUGUAACACCGCCCAGCAUGAUGAAAGUGGUACUUGCAGAUAAAACACAGAACAGUCCUGAUGUAAUGAACAUGAAAGUGGAUCAGGAACCAAAUGGAUCACUCACCAAGAAAAAGGAACAACCCUCUGGGAAGAAUCCUGUCAUGAUCUUGAAUGAACUCAAACCAGGACAGAAAUAUGAAAUGCAAGAAGAGUCUGGUCAGAGUCACUCCAAGAAUUUUACUAUGUCCCUGACAAUUGAUGGGAAGAAUUUCCAGGGUACUGGACGCAACAAGAAACUUGCCAAACAGCGGGCUGCUCAGGCUGCGCUUAUUGCUCUCUUCGACAUGAAUCCCGUCCUGGCACCAGAUCUUCAGCCCAUUACAAAUGAAGAAACGUCAGGCCACGCCUUGGCUCUGGCAGAUCAUGUCCACAAAUUGAUUCUCAAUAAAUUCUGUGAAUUGACCAACGGCUUCCAGUCCCCCGUCGCCAAACGCAAGGUUCUAGCUGGCAUUGUGAUGACAAGAGGUGAGACGUUAGAGAACUCUAGUGUGAUAACCAUCUCUACUGGUACAAAAUGCAUCAAUGGGGAGUACAUGUCAGGGCAAGGCUUGGCCCUCAAUGACUGUCAUGCAGAGAUAAUUUCUAGGAGGUGCCUCAUCAGGUACCUUUACUCCCAGUUAAAGCUGUUCCUUGACAACCAGGGAGAGAGUUCAAUCUUCGUUCCACACCCAUCGGGCAGGGGAUACAAACUUAGAAGCGACAUCAAAUUUCAUCUGUACAUUAGCACUGCACCCUGCGGAGACGCACGUAUCUUUUCCCCCCACGAGUCGUCCUGCAGUGAGGAACCCACUCCAGAUAGACAUCCGAACCGAAGGGCCAGGGGUCAACUAAGGACGAAGAUUGAGUCUGGGGAAGGAACUAUCCCUGUGAAGUCAGGACCCUCAAUACAGACCUGGGAUGGAGUCCUUCAAGGCGAGAGGCUACUCACCAUGUCCUGCAGUGACAAAUUGGCCAGAUGGAAUGUACUUGGUGUCCAAGGUUCACUCCUAACACAUUUCAUUGAGCCCAUCUACAUAAGCAGCAUCAUUCUUGGAUCACUCUAUCACGGUGACCAUCUUUCCAGGGCCAUGUUCUCUCGUCUAUCUUCCCUUGAAGACCUACCAGCAGGCUACAGCCUCAACAAGCCUCUUUUGAGUGGUAUCAGCAAUGCAGAGAGCCGCCAGCCAGGCCGUGCACCUAACCACAGUGCCAACUGGAUGUUUGACGACCCCUGCUUGGAGGUCAUCAACACAACGACGGGCAAGAACGAGUCUGGACAACCCUCACAAAUCUGCAAAUCUGCACUCUUUAGCCACUUCAAGCAGAUCUACAACAGGAUUUCCAUGGUCACCGAUCCAAGACCAGAGCUGGCAAGGUCUUAUGAGGAAGCGAAGCAGAUGGCGUCAGGCUUCCACAACGCCAAACAGGUGAUGAUGAAGGCCUUCUUUAAGAGUGGGUGUGGCAACUGGAUAGAAAAGCCACUUGAACAGGACUUGUUUGAGUAAGAAGGGCACCAAAAGUGAAUUUGUAAUAUAUUUUCCCCAGCAUUUGUUAAUUUUGUCAAACAGAUGAUAAUUAUGUUUGUCUCAAGUGCAGCACAACAAUACAGGAAAAAAAGGAUUUAAUGUGAAUACUUGUAAUCAUGGUCUGAUACCUUUCUAAUCAUGGCCUUCUGCAGAAUGGUCUGAAAUUCAUGAAAUAUGAUGCCGUUUUUAAGUGCUGUCGUACUCUGUAAAUAGAAUUACAUGGGGCUUAGAUUUCCCUUGUGUUUUUUAAUGAAAGCAGAACCAAAAAAUUAUCCGUCAGCAUUACUGUUUUUAGGCUUGUAAGAAGAGCAUUGUCGCCUGUUUUGUAUAUGUAUAUAUAUUACAUACACACAUUACGUAACAAAUUGUGUAAAUAACGUAAUUGGAGUAAGGUGAAUUUUUUCUGUAAUUUCAUGUAUUGGUAUGCUUGUUCAAUAUGUCUGAAGCAUCGACAUAAUUUCACUUUGCUGCGCAUGGCACAUUUGUCAUUGUUUGACUCUAGAUGUGUCUCAUAAAUUAAUUUUUGAGGUGCUUGGUAACAAAGAUAUUUACAAGAACUGCCGAAGUACCAUUUGCAUAACAUGAAAUUCUUAACCUGUUGACUUCUGAUACCUGUCAUUCCUAUGCAGGAUCAACCUGGUUCAGGAGGCAAUAGGUUAAAGAGUUAAACUGAUAGGAAAAGCAUAGUAGAAAAUGCUUGUUAGGGCAUGCAGGUACUAUAUAUAUGAUGCAGUGUGAAUGUUGUUGGCAUCUCGCUCCAUGAAACAGGUCACAGAUUAGAGGAUAGUUUUAUCCCUGCGGAUGCAAUCCAUUAUAUGCUCACGCACAUGUGACUUGAUGAGGUCACCUAAAUAAGGAUAAUUGGUUGUGUACGUGGAUGUGAAGUGGUGGCGGUUCACAUGCAGCCGUACGUGAAGGAAUGUAAGCACAUGGCUUGGCAAAGAAAGAUGGGGAUUUAAUGAUACUUACGAGAGAGGUAGUCAUCACUCACAUACUUUUUAUUGCUUCAUAAUGUCAGGUUUGAUUUCUCUAGUGAAUGCGGUGCGUCUCUCUCACUUUCUUACUUUUCACCCUCCGGCUCCAGACAACUAUUCAAGAACAAUAUCUUUAUGAGCAUACCCCGUUUUUGUCUUCCCUGUCUUCUACGCCUAUCGCCUAUGUUUUACUGUUUUUCUCUUUUUCCUCCUCUAUUUCUACAUCUUUACUUACUUGCAUCAUCACUCUAUUUUCUCUCAUUUCUUUCAUUUUUGUUCCUCUUCUAAAUGUAACCUGUAGCCCCCUCCUGUUCUCUCCUGUGCUCUUCUGGCCCCUUCAUCUUUCUUCCACUAACUCUCUUUCUCUCUCUCUCUCUUUCUCUCUCUCCCUCUCUCUUGCGUCUUUAGUGCUUCCUUUCAAAGUUUACACUGAAAAGACAAAAUUCUAGGAAUCAUUGUUUGCAAUAUUCUCUUGCCCUUUCACUUUACACUGUAUAUGUAUGUUGGUAAUUCAUGUCUAUCUAACUUAGAAGCACCUGAGGCAUUUAUAAAUAUCAUUACAAGAUUUUUCUUCUUUUAACUGAAUCAGACUACCCUCCACUGUUUUAUCAAUUGUAAUAUAUAAAACAUCAAUAAAUAAAUAAUUAAUUACCGGUAUUUGAACAUAUACUACUGGCACAAGUAGAUCCAAUUCGGUUGCAGGGUUUUUCUCAUUAGCCUCUUUAAGCUACUUUUUUGAUAGUAUAAGAUCAUUUUAUUAUUUAAACUUGGUAAAAAUAUAUAAGAACUCAGAACUUGAUCAGACCACAUAUGCCACCAAAAUGGUGCUGUGGUAAAGCUUUGGUUGAUGUUUUCCAGAGGGACUUUUGAGCCUCCCAAAUCUUCAGUGAGAGGCCACUUUAUAUUUGGAAUGGCAUGCAGAUAUGUGUUUGGCUCCGUGCCCCACCUCAGGUCCUCCAGUUUGUUUCUCACUCGUGCUAUUCACCUCAUCUCACAUGAGUCACAUCACAACGUUUCAUAUUCAUAAUGUAUCAAAAUGUCACGCCCAUCUGCCUUGUCGAAGGACUCAUUUGCAUUGUCUUACUGGAGGUCUGUCUGCUGCUCAAACCUCUCAUGCACAAAAAGGCAAAGUCAUCCAACAUUUUUUUCUUAAACUUUUAUUUGAAUAUUUUAGUCCACAUGCCUGCAUUUUCUAAUUUUUUCAUCCAAAUUGCCAAAUUAGUUACUUUGAAGUUUGAAGAGCCUCAAGUACAUUUGAUAGACUACAUUACUCUUCUUGCUUUUAUUUGUAACAAAAGGGGACAAAUCAUAUACAAAAAGUGAUUAAAUUUGAAUGGGUCAAUUUUUAAAUGAGUACUCCAGACAGGACAGCUACAUGUCUUUAUUCCUGAUAUUUUUUUUCUCAAGACAGUUGAACUCAAAUUGAUUACAUUAAUUGUCUUACAUUUAUUUGUGUAAAAAAUGCACCCUUAUUGGUUAAAUGUUUGAUUCUAAAAACAUGCUAUAAAGUUUUAUAUUGCAUAGUCCAGACAAAUCGUUUUUGUAAGCAUGUGUCAUUGAAAUCUGGUUGAAAAUGAAAUCUCGACGCCCCACGUCCUCCCUUAUGGGAAGGCAUGCCCAUCUUUUAAAUUUGAUACCCAUGAUGAAUAUUAGAUGGGAUGCUUCUUCCGUGUCAUGACAAACAUGAUUAGAUUUGCUCUUUCUGAAAAGGUAAACAAGGGUGAAGAGGGGAAGGAGGAUAGAGGCAAAGUCAUACAGUCAUCAGAUUCAGAUAUAUUACAAGUCAUUCAGUUGUAUGGUAAUAUAUUGGUCAAUCGCCUUAGACCUUGAUGACAGAAAGAGUGUUACACCCGUUUAAAUUGGAGUAUUUUAGAAGGUGGGAACCAAGUUUUUACAUGGAGGAGAAGGUAGAAGUGAAAAUUUGUUUUGUUCUUGUAUUAGUUGUAGAUGUGAGUAUUUCAAAGAAUUUCUAGGAUUUGCAUGGUUAAAAAUACAUGUGCACUAGUUGUAAUUUACAUGUAAUAUGUAUGCUUGCAAUGCUCCAGUAUUUUCCCCAACAUUUUACAGAAAAUUGUUAUCAAUGCAGGUGUACAUGGUGUAUGCAUCUUUUAGUUUUUAAGAAUAAAAACUGGAGAGACAAAUUUUCAUAUUGUUUCUGCUAAUGUUCUUAGAAUGUCAUUAUUAAGGAGUUUUCAAACAAGAAUAUAUUUUAUGAUAUGGAACUCCUAGAAAUAUUUACCAAAGCUUAUAAAUUUGAGACAAUCAUUCCUUUUUUCAUAAGAUUUGUUUGCAGUGAUAGUGUAAUCUUUUGUUUAACCCAAGAAAUAUUGUAUUCCCAUUAGUAUGGGUUGAUACAAGAGAAAAUAGGUCCGAAUGUUAGAUGAUACAUGAAACCUUGUAAGCAGUUUUCUUGAGUGAAAUUAAAAUGCAUUGUUGUCUUAUCCCACUUGUAUGUUUGGUAAGAAUGAAAAAUGCCUAUAAGAAUAAGUUGUUGAUUGUAAAGCUGGUUUAUAUUCAGAUGAUAUUGAUACACUAUUAUUCUAAUUUUCAACCUACAAAAUGGUGAAUUGACAAACUCUUGAUUGAUAGAGUCAGAGAUCAUCGAGGCUGACUGCUUUGUAAAGGAAUUGGUAAGAAGUAGAAUUAUCAGCGAGUCUGUCUUGCCUACUAUACUAUUCUAGCCAUUUAGGCCCACAUUACAUGUUGUUUUACUUGUUUUUACCCUUUUUAUUGAUACUUGGGCAUACACUUUUUCAAGCAUAGAAGCAGUCGGGGUUUUCAUUCUUAACAGUUUCAUGCAGCAGCA